CUCUCUCUCUGAGCUUCAGAUCUAGAAGAGGAGAAGAAAAAACUCAGAUAAAAACACUUGCAUCAAAACAACUAUCUCUCGAUUGCACAAGAAUGGCAGUGACAGAAGCAGAGAACCCUCUUCUUGGAGAGAUCACUUGUGGCACCUUACUGCAGAAGUUACAGGAAAUAUGGGAUGAAGUUGGUGAGAGUGAUGAUGAACGAGACAAACUGCUUCUCCAGAUAGAGGAAGAGUGUCUUAAUGUUUACAAGAAGAAAGUUGAGCUCGCCGCAAAAUCUCGCGCUGAGCUUCUUCAGACCUUGUCUGAUGCCAAUGUUGAACUUUCCAAUCUCACUACUGCUCUUGGGGACAAAAGCUACAUUGGCAUUCCAGAUAAGACUACAGGAACAAUCAAAGAGCAGCUUUCUGCUAUAGCACCUGCGCUUGAACAACUUUGGCAACAGAAAGAGGAAAGGGUCAGGGAGUUUUCUAAUGUGCAAUCACAGAUUCAGAAGAUUUGUGAAGAGAUAGCUGGUGGUUUGAGCAAUGGGCCUCAUGUGGUUGAUGAGUCUGACUUGUCCCUAAAGAGAUUAGAUGACUACAAGAGCAAACUCCAAGAGCUUCAGAAAGAGAAGAGUGAUAGGUUGAACAAGGUGCUUGAGUUUGUGAGCACAGUGCAUGAUCUAUGUUCAGUGCUUGGUUUAGAUUUCUUGAGCACUGUCACUGAAGUUCAUCCGAGUUUAGAUGAGGAAAAUGGUGUUCAAACAAAGAGCAUUAGCAAUGAGACUCUUUCAAAGCUGGCUACAACUGUAUUGACUCUUAAAGAGGACAAGAAGCAAAGACUUGAAAAGCUUCAAGAGCUAGCUACUCAGCUAACUGAACUAUGGAACCUGAUGGAUACUCCUGAUGAAGAAAGGGAGCUUUUUGACCAUGUUACCUGUAACAUCUCAGCUUCGGUUCAUGAAGUAACCGUCUCUGGUGCUCUUGCACUUGAUCUGAUCGAGCAGGCUGAGGUGGAAGUGGAUAGGCUUGAUAAACUGAAAGCUAGUAGGAUGAAGGAAAUUGCAUUCAAGAAACAAACCGAGCUUGAGGAGAUAUACGCUCGUGCUCACAUAGAGAUAAAGCCUGAGGUUGUUCGUGAGAGGAUCAUGUCGUUGAUUGAUGCUGGAAACACUGAGCCUGCUGAGCUACUAGCUGAGAUGGAUAGUCAGAUAGCAAAGGCCAAGGAAGAAGCGUUUAGUAGGAAAGAGAUAUUGGACCGAGUUGAGAAAUGGAUGGGAGCUUGUGAGGAAGAGAGCUGGCUUGAAGACUAUAACCGGGAUCAGAACAGGUAUAGUGCAAGCAGAGGUGCACAUUUGAAUCUCAAGAGAGCUGAAAAAGCUAGGAUUCUUGUCGGAAAGAUUACCGCAAUGGUUGACACAUUGGUUGCUAAAACCCGGGCAUGGGAAGAGGAUAAGAAUAUGUCCUUUGAGUAUGAUGGUGUCCCACUCCUAGCCAUGUUAGAUGAAUACACAAUGCUUAGGCAGGAACGAGAAGAAGAGAAGCGGAGACUGAAGGUGAGAGUUUCUCAUACUUUCAAGUCUUCUGCUUGUGAAAACCUAACUGACCUAGUGGCCGUUUCCUAUUUACAGGAACAGAAGAAGCAGCAAGAACAGCCACACACAGAUCAAGACUCAGCAUUUGGGUCUAAACCUAGCCCUGCAAGACCCGUGAGUGCCAAGAAACCAGUGGGAACCAGAGCUAACGGAGGAGGGAUCAACGAAACGCCUGUUAGGCGGUUAUCCAUGAACUCAAGCAAGAACAAAAGAGACAGUCUCAACAAGGGGACUUCGCCUGUAGCCAUCUCCAAAGAGGAAGCUGCAUCAUCUCCUCAAGUCUCUUGUCCUGACACAGUUCCAGCUUCUUCACCCUGA